CCCAACGCCGCUACAACUCCGCCCAACUCCGCCCAACUCCGCGCAUCUCCUCCAGUAGCGGCUGAACGCCGCCCAACUCCGCUCCCUUCUAGUACACCUUUGCCGACUCAGUGGCUGAAUAGAGAUGAAUCGAAGCUGGAUGUACGGUAAACGGAACACAUUGGAAUUUAUGAAUGGGGUAGCUGAGUUUUGCAAAUGUUGUUUAGAAUACAGAGCGUUGACUGGUUAUGAUGAGUUAUAUUGUCCUUGUGUUGAUUGUGCCAACAUAUAUUCAUUCCGGUCAAUAGAGACAAUCAGAGAACAUUUAAUUCGCCGUGGAUUUAGGCAAGAAUACUAUGUAUGGGUGUGGCAUGGCGAGAAAGGAGGGUAUACAGAAGAUCAAACCAAAGUCAAUGAGAUGACCAAUAUCACAAUCGAGAAUCUUUCUGAUGCGGAGGGUGAGAAUAAUGAGGAGACUGAAAGUGAAAGUGAAGGUGAAGGUAACGAUGAAGAUGAUAUUGAAGAUAAUGAUGAGAGUGACAACGUAGAUCAAAUCAAUGAGAUGAUGGGUGAAGUGAAAGAUCACUUUAGUGGACGACCACGUAUAUUUGAAAGUUUGUCACAAGCAGCAGAAAAACCAUUAUAUCACGGGUGUACAAAAUACACAAAGCUAUCUGCCGUGAUAACACUUUAUAAUGUGAAAGCCAAGAACAAUUGGAGCGACACAAGUUUCACAUCCUUACUGGAAGUAUUACAUGACAUGCUUCCUGAUGGAAAUGAAAUGCCAAAGUCAAAUUAUUAUGCGAAGAAGCUCAUGUGCCCGUUGGGUUUAGAGUACAAAAAGUUUGAUGCAUGUCCCAAUGAUUGUGUCUUGUACCGAAAUGAAUAUUGCAUGUUGAACAAAUGUCCACGUUGUGGUAAGUCACGGUACAAGCGCAAUGAUGUCAACUCAAAUAGUGAUAAGAAAGGUCCACCGGCAAAGGUGUUGUGGUAUCUUCCCAUAAUUCCGAGGUUGAAACGCCUAUUUUCGAUAAAGGCAAAUGCAAAAUAUUUGAGAUGGCAUGGAGAGCAGCGAAAGAAAGAUGGGAUGUUGAGACAUCCUGCCGAUUCUCCCCAAUGGAAGACUAUUGAUGAAUCAUUUCCAGAUUUCGGUAAAGAAGUGCGGAAUCUAAGAUUAGCUCUAUGCACUGAUGGAAUGAAUCCAUAUGGGAGCUUUAGUAGUCAACAUACUACAUGGCCGGUUCUUUUGGUUAUAUAUAACCUGCCACCAUGGUUGUGCAUGAAGCGCAAAUAUAUGAUGUUGUCGCUUCUAAUAUCUGGACCUAAACAACCCGGGAAUGACAUUGAUGUCUAUCUUGCCCCUCUCAUUGAUGAUUUGAAGACGUUGUGGGAUGAAGGUGUUUCAGUGUUUGAUGCACAUACUCAGGAGUACUUCAAAUUGCGUGCCAUGAUGUUUUGUACUAUAAAUGAUUUUCCAGCAUAUGGUGACUUAUCUGGGUAUAAAGUGAAAGGAAAGCAACCAUGUCCGAUUUGUGUUGAUGAUAUGGACUCCACAUAUCUACCUCAUUGGGGGAAUGUUUUUAGAAAUAUUUGUGGUGGUGGACAAGUGAAAAAGAUAACUUGGAAACAGAUGAAGUGCGCAAAACAAACGGGUGGUUUGGAAUGUGGAUUUUAUAUAAUGAGAUUCAUGUUUGAUGUUGUUAAAAGUAUCGCUGAAGGUCACGAUCUGGAUCAGGUGUACACGAGCAACGUAAGAGAUGAUGCGCUGUCAAUGGCAGAAAUCGGUGAAAUCCGUGAUAUGUGGGCUAUAUUUGUUUCUGACAAUUUCUUGUAAACUCUUGUAUGAAUCAUGUAUGUUAACAAUAUACUCCGUACAUUUUUGUUGCUUCAGAUGUUAUUGACAUUGUAAUGUGCUUUUUUGGUGGUCUAAAACUUGUAUUGUAAUGAUUGAGAACUUGGAUGGUUAGAAAUACAGGUUUCUUGGUGAUCUAAAA